CAUGUGGCAAUAAAUCAAGACUUGGGAAUGCCAUCGAAACUAAUUCACCUGAUCCCUAAUUCUGACUUCAAGACCAUAACCCCUCGCAUAUGUUCAACGAAGGCUGAAACGAAGAUAUUUGACAGGAUUGUCAUAAACGAUUGGCAUUCGCUUGUUGAGCAGGCUUUUUCGGCCGCUGAAAGUCCAUUUGAGGUUGCAGCAGGUCAAAUUUUUGAAUACGUUGCACAUCAGCUGCUGAAGAAAGGAGGAAACUUCACGUUGCAUAGUCUACAGUCGACUAAUGGUAAUGGAUACAUGUGCGAAGAGCUCAAGUUGGAAACAUCGCAAUCGUAUAUUGAAUUUGCGACAAAGCAAGACGAGAUGGAAACGUGGGCGAUCAAUUUGAAUGCAUAUUGCAAGCCCAAGUCAAAGAAUUUUCCUUUCUUGGAUGCGUUGUCAUUAAAACAAAGCGAAGUUCUCUACAUUUUUCAGAUUACACGGGCAGAUAGUCAUCCGAUCAAGUAUUGGCCAUUAUGUAAGAUCCUGCAAGCUCUGCGAGCCAAGAACCGGUUUUCUAGGAUAUGUUUUGUGUUUGUCCUACCUUCAGCGUAUAAGGGACUGCCGAACUGGACACGAGGACAGGUUUUCACAUAUGAUGGAAAAGAGCCAAGCGAGGAGAAUUUUCAGCAGCUGUGCAACUUCACUCAGUACACCAUGUUCCUAUCAAAAGAAGAUGCAUUAUGGUUGAGAGAAAGGAAGAUUUCUGAAAUGAGCUCUGCUAGUAUGCCCGAAGUUACAGGUCUUGUCUCCGACACUGUGAGGAAAUCCACCUGAACCGUGUCGCAAACAAGUCGGAUGUGAAGAGAAGCAUUCUCUCCAAGAAAACUAACCUACCUCAGGGAUCUAAAUUGUAAGAGGAUAAGGUAGUACAGAUUAUUCUCUC